AUGGAAUUUCGGAUAACAAACUCAGUAGGUGUUAACGUGGCGGACGGCUGGGGCAAAUCUGUACAAGAUGUCCUCGCCGAGGAAAAUUGGAAUGAAAUCGCCUGCUAGACCCCCCUUGCUGAGAACGGAUUGCGAGACAGACAGCGAUUCUAAUUCAGCUCCUCCCGCAAAACGCCAGCAGCAGAUAUGGCCAGAUUCUCCUCCGCCGCCCCUGACAAGCACAGACUCCUCUUCCAUGCCAGAACUGCUGCCGGACGAGGUCAAAACCGAAAGCUCCAAAAAUAAUGCUAAGAUAAUCAACUUGAGGCUGUCUUUCGACGAUCUACCGCCGCAAGAGGGGAAGGAUAUUUUCAAAAAGUACACCCCUCAGGAAAUGACCUGUUGCAAUCUCGAUUGGUUGGCGAACACAGAAGUCCGUCUCACCCUCAGCAAGCUUUCCUUGUCGUCGAAGGAAGAACGUUACAGGCCGUCCGCUCCUACGCCGACGGCUGCAGAGUGUCCCGUAAUAAUCAAGCCGAUUCCAAAGCGUUUGACGGUCCCAGGAAAGCCCGAGAUCAAAGAGGAGUCCCGAGAAAGAGAAGACGGUAGUCAUCGCAUAUCGGAAGGCGUUCAAGAACCUUGCAUACGGACGGAAGACGGCCGUUGGCCCGUCGCAUCGCGGCCUCCUGGGAUGUUCGCCUUCUGGAAAAGAAACAUUUCAGCACAAAGAAUAUCUUCUGCAGAAUAUCCAAUAGAGCGAAGUCCAAAGAAUGAUGAUGCAGAAGUCCCCUAUCCACAUUCUGAUUAAGCAACGAAAAACAAAAUUUUUAUUUUAUUUAUAUUACUAAUUUUAACGGGACUGGGGCUUAAAUAGUUGUAUAAUAGUUAGCUAAUGUAAUUUGUACAUUAUGUUGGCAUAUUUAAACAAAAAUUGUUUUAAAAAUAUUUUGCUAUUCAAGAAAAAAAAAUUGAAUACUGAAAAUAUUUAAUGUUUUUAUUUACAGAAAAAAAAUGUUUGAUACAAAUAAAAUAAUAAAUUAUUACAUUAUAAAGUUUAUGUUAUAUACAUAUGGCUUUUUUAAUAUUGCUCAUAAAUAAAGUAUAAAUAUUUUUAUACUAUAUUUAAACAUUAAUUGUUUUCGUCCAUUACUUUACUUUUUAUAUCAAUACCAUAAAAUAUGUUUUUAUGAUAGUCGAUGGUAUGUUCAAACAAUGAUUGUUUCAAAACUGUUUAAUACCUGUUUUAUAUUAAGUAUCUCUCAAUUAAAUAUAUAAUGGUAUGAAGUUUGCUUUCUCGAUUGUAUAUUUUUAUAAUAUAAUAUAUGAAUUGCUUUAAAUAUGAAUAAUGAUUUUAAAUAAUUAUAUAUUAGUUUAAACGAUAAUUAUUCAAACCUAGUCAUUAUAAAAGAUUUGAAGCUAAAUAAUUUUAAUGUUUGACAAUUUAUGUAUUAAGUAUUUUUACCCAGUUAGUGUCAUGAUUUAGAUUAAGUAAAUCUAAAAUACACAGUGCAUUAGUCUACACAACACCGAUUGGAGUCCUAGCACCAUAUAAGCUAACUCUCUCGUUUUUAUCCAUUAAACAUGUUCUUGCAAUUCUGCUGGUUAAUAUUUCAUAUAAUAUGUAAAUAUAAUAUAAAUAUUGAGCGCAAAUCCCCAUUUGAUCAGACUGGUGAAGGGUCUAACUUUAACGGUUUAGUAUGACGUCAUGAAUGACGUGUUGGGCUAGAGUGGGGAGAUCGUGGCGACUGUGUAUUUUAGGCUAGCCCAGAACCGGGAUUUCUUUAAGGUCUAAAGUGAGCUCUCUUGGAUUCAAAAUAUCUUUUUUUUAUUAUUGUUUUAUCUUGCAAACCUACACCGUUUUUAGAAUAACAUUUUAUAUAGAUGUAAUAUUUGUGCUGAGCAUUUACACAGUCAAAAUGUA